GAGAGAGAGAGGGAGCGUCUUCGAAAUUUGAGAGCCAUUUUAGGGUUCGUUGCUUUUUCACAAUUUCUCGGUCUCACGAUCCGAUCCAGAAAAUCAGUUCAUCAUUUUCAAUCCAUUUUCAGAGCACGAAGAAGAAGAAGAAGAAGAAUCGGAAUCUUCAGCUGCCAUGGAGAAGUACGAGAAGCUCGAAAAGGUCGGAGAAGGAACUUACGGGAAGGUGUACAAGGCCAAAGAUAAGGAAACUGGCCAACUUGUUGCUCUGAAGAAAACUCGCCUUGAAAUGGACGAAGAAGGAGUUCCACCGACGGCGCUUCGUGAGGUUUCUCUUCUCCAAUUGCUCUCUCAGUCUCUCUAUGUUGUUCGUCUUCUCUGCGUUGAGCAUGUUCACCACCAUAAAAGUGGUAAGCCUCUUCUCUACCUUGUAUUUGAGUAUCUGGAUACUGAUCUCAAGAAGUACAUCGAUUCGCAUCGCAAGGGACCCAACCCUAGGCCUCUUCCUUCUUCCCUUGUUCAGAGUUUCUUGUUUCAACUCUGUAAGGGUGUUGCGCAUUGUCAUAGUCAUGGCGUUCUCCAUCGUGACCUGAAACCGCAGAAUCUUCUUCUGGAUCAGGGUAAGGGUAUUCUGAAGAUUGCCGAUCUUGGCCUUGGCCGUGCUUUUACUGUCCCUCUUAAGAGCUACACUCAUGAGAUUGUUACUCUCUGGUACCGUGCUCCUGAGGUUCUCCUUGGAUCCACUCAUUACUCCACUGCUGUCGAUAUGUGGUCUGUUGGUUGCAUCUUCGCUGAAAUGGUGAGAAGGCAGGCCCUGUUCCCCGGAGAUUCUGAGUUUCAGCAGUUGCUCCACAUUUUUAGGCUUCUAGGUACCCCCACCGAGAAACAGUGGCCUGGAGUUAGUUCUUUGCGGGACUGGCAUGUCUAUCCUCAAUGGGAACCUCAGAAUCUGACACGUGCAGUUCCAUCCCUGGAACCCGAGGGUGCUGACCUUCUCUCGAAAAUGCUUACAUAUAAUCCGGCAGAUAGAAUCUCAGCGAAGGCAGCUCUAGAGCAUCCGUACUUUGACAGCCUCGACAAGUCUCAGUAUUAGACAGCUGAAAGAAUGUGAGAGAAUAUAGAAAAUGGUAAUAGAUGUGAUGUGAUGUGAUGCUUAAUUGAUUUGUGCAAUGUGAAAUGUUUUGUUUCUUGUGGUAAUCUGAAAAAGUUGGUCAACUUGUCAUCAUCUUGGUGAAUGCAAGCACUUCAACUUGUAUUUGUGAAUUUAAAUUAAGAAUUUUGUUGUUGUCUCAUCUUAAUACUCUGUAUGAUAAAGCUCACUUUGGCUGCUGCUU